AUGUCUGCAACUGCAAGUUUUUUGGAACGUCAGUGGUUAGCUACAAAAUCUGCUGGAAAUGUUGUCAAUUAUAAUUUUAAGCCAGAAUAUAUUGUACAGCACGGAUCAAAGUUUGUUAAACCACUAAGGGCAUGGUCGACAUUUUCAGUAAGAUCAGAUGCACAGAGUAGCUUAGACAAAGGUCAGAAAUCCCCGUUAUCACAGAAUAGUUGUGUGACAAGAGGCACAACGGCGAUUCGAAAAUUCAUUUGCUCGCAGCCCUUCAAAUAUGGCUUUAUUGGCUUUCUGCUUGCGUCAGUGCUGAAUGCAGCUGUUUUUGGUACACUUCUGGGCCUCUGUUUGAAGUCGACAGCUACAGUGUGUGUUCCAACCACUUGGAGCGAGAACGGAACCACUGUAGCUGGGGGCAAUGGAGUUGGCAGUAAUUUGAACCAGCUGAAUAAUCCGGCUGGUAUAUUCGUGGACAAAAAUAAGAAUAUAUACAUAACAGAUAUUUAUAACGACCGUUUAGUGGAAUGGAGUAAUAAUGCGACGGUGGGGGUUGUCGUUGGCGGUGGUAAUGGAGGUAGCGAUAACGUUAAUCAGCUUUGGGAGCCUGCUUAUGUCACAGUGACUAACGAUGGUAGUAUAUUUGUAGCCGACAGGCAAAAUAAUCGUAUUCAGAAAUUGUCUCCAGAACACAAUCAUCGACGUGUUUUGAUUGAUUGUCAUCCAUCUGGCACUACGAUACCUGUAUCCCCGAAAAGCCCUUAA